AAUAGUAUCCGAGUGCAGUACGGCGUAGGUGGCCUCCGAGUCGUCGCGCCCGGCCUAGGGAAAUUGAUCUCCCCCGCAUCCCCGUCCCCUCGGCCUCGACUGCCCACCCGCCGCCUGCGCCGAUCUCCAUCUCGCGAGGGCGAGUAGCAGCCUGCUGCUUCUGCCGCAUCCUCGCAGGCCGGCCUAGGACCUAGGUCCGCCACUGCGGCCGGGAGCAGGGCGCGUGGAACUGGCUUUCAGGAGGAAAGCCGUGCGCGGAGUAGGUGGGCUGCACAGAGCCAGUUGCUGAGGGCAGGACGCAUAUUGUUGUGCUGCUGGCGGCCAGAGGCGGAGGUAAUGCUAAGGUUGAAGCUGGCUACUGGAGCUAGGGUGUCAUAGCUCAUGCCGAGCUCAGGUGCACGGAGAUGGCGUGCGCGUUGGACAUGCAGGAGUGGGGCGUCGGACGUGCAGGAGUGGGCUGGCUGCCAGGUCUGGCUCAAACUUUGGCCGGACAGAGCUAGGUCUGUCCUUGCUGGACACAGAGAAGAAGGGUGGGGAUAGGACAAAAAUGGAGAAGGAGAAGAAGGCUGUUCAGCACAAGCAAUUCGGAAGUUCUGUCUGAAACUACACUGAAGAUUUUGGAGGGUCCUUAAGCAGGUUUUUUCAAACAUACUGAUGGAUGGGGAAUCCCAGACGAGUAAAUUAUCAUGUGAGCACAUGUACUCUUGGUACUUCACCAGGGAAGAACUGGAGAAAUUUUCCCCAUCUAGGAAAGAUGGUAUUACUGAGAUAAUGGAGUCAGAAAUUCGGCAGUUGUACUGUUCAUUCAUUCGGGAUGUUGGCAUUAGACUGAAACUACCACAGAUGACUAUAGCAACAGCAAUAAUGUUCUGCCAUCGCUUCUAUCUGUACCAGUCCCUUGCCAAAAACGGAUGGCAGACGAUUGCAACAGUGUGCAUAUUUCUGGCUUCAAAAGUUGAAGAUACACCUUGUCCUCUGGACCAAGUAAUUAGAGUGGCCUAUGGAACAAUGUACAGGAGGGACCCAGCUACAGCUCGAAGAAUCCACCAGAAGGAUGUAUUUGAGAAGCAGAAAGCACUAAUUUUGACCGGGGAGAGAUUAGUCCUUACAACUGUUCGGUUUGAUUUCAACAUCCAACAUCCUUACAGACCACUACUUGAUGCUAUGGAAAAACUUGGGAUCUCUCAGAAGGAAGUGAAACAAGUAGCUUGGAACUUUGUAAAUGAUUGGCUUAAAACAACACUGUGCCUACAGUAUAAGCCCCAAUACAUAGCUGCUGGUUCGCUCUACCUGGCUGCUAAGUUUCAGAACGUCAAGCUUCCUGUGCAUGGAGGGCAUGUUUGGUGGCACCAAUUUGAUGUUGCCCCAAAACCUUUGGAAGCUGUCCUUCAGCAAAUGAGGGAGAUGGUUCACAUGAAAGCAAAGCUGUUUGCUCAUCCCAGUCCGGCUAAGCAAAAGGAAGUUCUUUUUGAAGGAAUGCUGCUCAUAUCAAAUAGCCCAGAUUCUGUGUUGACUCAAUCUAGCUUGUCAGUAAGCAGCUCGAGUCCUGAAAUUGGAGACCCCAAUGACCACCUGCAGGUGGAUUCAAGUCAAGACAUAGUGCAUAUUGAGGAUCGUAGCAAGUCAUAUCCUGAAAGGAAUUUAUCGAAUCUUACUGCUGAUAUGAAUAAUCCCGGUAAAACACACAAUAAAGAAAGCUUGGAUCAGGCCUUAAAAAUCAAACAUGGUGGACUGAUCUCAUGUAAUCAGCAGAUACCAUUAGAUGCAAUUGCAAAGAUUGAUAGCAGCACUGCUAAAUGCGUGGAACAGAAUAUUGGCAUUUGUUGCAGCUCAAGUAACACAUUCAAUGGCAAAAUCUUGAACCCGUUCUCAAUAAGUCAGCGAAGUGGUGAUAAAACAAAGUUAUGCUCAGAGGGUGGAUCAUCGCUUACAGAUGUGGACAGCAAAAGCACUCAAUCUGUCGAACCGCCCACUACAAUUUGUAACCAUACCAGUGACAGUCUCAAUGUGGACAGUUUGUGCUCUGAUCAGAGACUGGCUAAUUCCACUGCAGGUACCACGGAGAAGGCAUCAUUUGUAUUGCCUGUCCAGAUAAAGGUUGAUCAUUUGUGUGUGGAGCGUAAAAAGGUAGAUGUGGCACGGAUAAAGGAUUUGUUGAUGAAGAGGAAGAGACGAAGAGAAAGACAAGGGCGGUGCAUUCCUUCAGUUGACCUAAGUGAAGAAGCCUGGAUUGAGAGAGAACUUGAGUCUGGUAUAGUUUUUAAAAAAGUUGACCAUGUUGUUGCAUCGUAUGAUUUAAGUGAUGAAGGCUGGAUUGAGAGAGAACUGGAAUCUGGAAUUGUUAUUGGACAAAAAAAUGACCAGCCUGUAUCUUUAGAUGGUUUGACUGAAGAUGAUUGGAUUGAGAGAGAGCUUGAGUCUGGGAUUAUAGUUGAACCAGGACCAGCUGGUAAGAAGCUAAAGUCAAAGCUUCUUUCAGAGGGUCAUGAGAUAAUGAAUAGCAGGUGGGAAAUAAAUGGCAAAUCAAUGCAAAAUCAAGUCACAUAGAAUAUGAGAUAUCCAUACAGAUAGGAGCACCAUUGUUUACUCGUGUUCUUUAUUUGAUUGAAUUAACUAUACACCUCGUGUACUUGAAAUGCUAGGGGUGUGCAUGGGAAAGAUUUUUGUUCUUUGUAUAACUAGUAACAGUGGGAAUUCACAAUUUCAAUCUUUAGGUUGUAGGUGCAACUGUACAAUAAUUAAGUGUAAAUGUACAAUCCGUCCUUGUUAGCAGCUAAUCCUUCAUUGUAAACUGUACCUGUCAUCAAAACGAAAAUAAUGUUCUGGUGUA